UUUUUCCCACUUUCUGCUCAAAUUUCAAUCAAAAUUUGGAGGGAAAUGUCUGCCCCAAUCAGCGGCAACAAACACAGCUGGGCAGCGGGCAAGAAGCUGGUGCUGUGCAGCGGCAUCUCCGCCAUGGAUUACAUUUCCCUGGUGCGGCAGUUUCCAGAGCGGAAGGCGCACUGCGCCCUUGGCUACUGGCAACGCUCCGGCGCUGCCUCCAACAACUGCACCGUGCUGCGGCAAUUGGGCGUCCCCUGUGAGUUCUUUGGCAUGUUGAGCAGCCUCCCCAUGUAUCGCCUGCUCGCGGAUGACAUGCGCUCGCGUGGCAUCCACAUUGAGCAUUGUCCCAGCUGCGCGCAGGCGCCGCCCUUCUCCUCUGUGAUCCUGGCCAAGUCCACGCGGACCCGGACUAUCGUCAGCUGCAGCAGCGAGUGCCCCCACGUCUCCAUUGAGCAUUUUCGGCAGUUGGAUCUCAAGCUCUACGGCUGGCUGCACAUGGACGGCAUUUGCUUUGAGACCACGCGGGCCAUGAUGCAGCAAGUGGCGGCAUUUAAUGAGGGACACGACACAGACAAGAUCAUUCUCUCGCUGGAGCUAGGCCAGCAACUGGAGCUGAUGUGGCCGCUGGUUGACUUUUGCGAUUAUGUCUUCUGCUCCAGGAAACUCGCACUCGAGCAGCACUGGCCCACGCCGGAGUUUGCCUGCGCCCAAAUGGACGAGCAGCUGCGCAGGCGCCGUGGCCUCAACCUCAAGCGUCCCAUUGUCAUCUUUCGAUGGGGCGCACAGGGCGCUGGCAUCCUGGAGCAGACGGGCAAGUACAGUCUCGCAGCUGCGUACAAGCCACGCAAAAUGGUGGAUGCCCUGGGCGCUGGCGACACCUUUACGGCGGCCUUUAUUUAUGCCAUUUAUGUGAGGGAACGACCUCUGGCUGUGGCUGUGGACUUUGCCAGUCGCUUGGCCAGCCACAAGUGCACGAAGCGGGGACUCGAUCAUGUUGCGGAUAUACUGAGGGCGCCGCGGCUAUGAGAAGCUGAGCGCUGAUCGACCCUGCUGGAAGUCCGUUUUGUGCUCCUCCUGCCACUGGUUUUUCCUGCUCUGAAAUUUGCUUUUCUUUAGCCAUAAAACUCUGCGCUAAAUUUA